AUGGAAAUUAAAGAGAAGACUGUGUGGGUCCAAUUUCGGACCCACUAUGUUACCAACAGCGAAGAUCUUGUUUUGGGUAUCACUGGUUCCCUCCCAGAGUUAGGGCAGUGGAAUGUGACACGAGCUGUAGUUGCAGCAAAUGUCACGUUUGACUGGAAGUGGGUGGUACUUUCCCAGGAAAAUGCUACGAUGACCGCAUUCCGGUGGGAAGAGCGAGAUAAUAGAAGCACUGAGCUGCAGGGACAGGGUCAACGAUGUUACGCCGCGUGGAAUGACGACGCGGCGUAUGAAAUCAUCCCCAAAUUUCCAGUUGAUGAAUGGAAAUGGAUGGAUGAUGGUGAUCAGGAUGAUGAAGAACAAUCUCCUGAGAGUGAACAUGUUCCCCCGAGGCGUGUAGAUGUAGGCUACCUUACUAGUGUCGUGGUAUCAUCCUAUCAGGAUAUCCGACACAAAGUGGUAGCCUUUUGUCAGUCGAUAAGGGGGAUUUUCAGAAGAGGCUGA